GGAUCCUAUAAAACGGGUUUUAAGUGUUUUGGUCCUCUCAGAAAACACUGAACUCUUGUUCCUCUUCAACUACUAGCCUCUUUACCCAUUCAGUGACAUUAACAACACAUAUCACUCUUCACCCAACAGAAUCUAUACCAUUUUUCUCUCUUCUUCACUUUGAAUUCACUUUGAAUCCAAGGAGAAGUUUCAACGAAACUCUCAUCAAGAAACAAAUCUUCAAUAUAAGAAUCACCAUCUUCUCAAUAAUUCCUUUUCUUUCUUUCUUUCUUUCUUUCUCAUAACCCAUCAUGUUAAAAGCUUUUCUUUACUCUUUAUUCCUCACACUCUCUACCACCACCAUGUUUACUUCUUUCCAUUUUUAAAUUUUAUCCUCUUUUACUUUCUCUUUUUCCUCUUAAAUCCUUAACUUUUCAUGUCUUUUUGGAAGAUUUCCCCAUAAAAAGCCUUUGGAAUACCCAUCCUAAAGCUUUACCCUUCUUCUUCACGGUUCUCUUUAUAUUCCGUAACCGGCCCUAUUUGUUCCUUAACCAAACACAUUCAUUUCUUUCUCUUAAGAGACACAAUGGAACAUCAUCAUCAACAACAACAACUACCUAGUAAGAGUAUCCUAUGCAAAUACACAGAACAUCACACUGUUACAAAAAAAGUCAUCACAACCAAGAAAACCGCUAACAGUAACAAAACAAACUCAACUAUAUACCCAAGAGUCGUACAAAUAUCCGUCACCGACCCUGACGCCACCGACUCAUCCAGCGACGAAGAAGAAACUUUCUCCAGAAAAAGAACAAAGCGUUAUAUCCACCGUGUUGAAAUCGAAGCCGCCGCUAAAGCCGUCGUCAACAGAAAAAGACCUGCCGGAGAAACAUCGACUGUUAAAAGGCCGGUGAAAGUUCCUGCUAUCACCAGUGGUAGAAAGUUCCGUGGUGUACGGCAGAGGCCAUGGGGGAAGUGGGCUGCUGAGAUUCGCGAUCCUGCUCGGAGAGUACGGCUUUGGUUAGGUACUUUCGAAACUGCAGAAGAAGCUGCUAUGGUGUACGACAAUGCCGCUAUUAAGCUUCGUGGACCCGACGCUUUAACAAACUUUAUCACGCCGCCGCAGAGAGAAACACCGGUAGAACCCUCCGCCGUGAAGCCCGAAAUGAAAGUAAUCGUCGACGCUGACGCCGACGCCGAAGCAGAAGCCUCCGGGUCUGGUAACUCCGGUUACGAUUCCGGCGAAGAUCGUUGUGUUCCUCUCUCUUCGCCUACGUCAGUCUUAAAUUUCUGCAGUAACUCCGGCGAGUCACAGCAAUCGGAGGAACAAAACGAAGUUUGUGAAGUUUUCAGAGAAUGUCAAGGUGAGACAAACUUGUUAGACGAAACGGCGUCGUUUUUCCAACACGAGUUUCCUAUGCCUUGUUGGGACGACGUGUUCAACUUCGAAACACCAGAGUUUCCUAUGUUGUUUGAAGAAGAACAAACCAUGGUGUUUGAUGAAAACACGACGCCGUUUUUGUGUGAUCAAGAAUUAAACGACAGCAUUGUUCUUGCUGACUCACUCAUAGAUUUCGACAAAGCUUGUUUCUCUUCACCCUCUUCAUCGUUAUGCCAAGUGGAUGAUUUCUUCCAAGAUAUUUUGCUAGGCUCAGAUCCUCUAGUUGUUCUUUGAGUACAGAACACAGUACACACUCAUGGUUUCAUCUUUCAAGACUCUGAGGUUUUGUUGGUUGUACGGCGAUUUUGCUCCGGUAACAUGACAACAACAAAAAAUAUAAAAUAAAAUUAGUUAAUUUUCUUAUGAUUUGUUUUACAGUACACUCUAAAGAGUGAUGGUUGUGUGAAGUUUUGUUUAAAUUCAACUUGUAACAGUACUUUAAAAUUUUGUCUAAUAAUUAGGAUUGUUGAGGAACAUUAAUGUGUGUAUAAUGAAGU